AUGGCUGCUGAAGUUAGUUCUCUUAUUCGUGUUCUUGGUGGUGGUGGAGGUGGAUACAAAGAUGAACAACAUCGCACGGUGGGAAAUGAAUCUCAUGGUGAGAAAUCAACGGCUCUGAUUACAAGAGACUUACUUGGUGGGUCCGGAAAUGAAUCCCAAGAAUUAGAUCUUGAUUUGCAGGUUCCUAGCGGCUGGGAAAAACGUCUUGACCUUCAGUCAGGGAAAGUUUAUAUUCAAAGGUGUAACACAUUAGCAUCUUCACCGAUUUCUGAAAUGAAACAAACAACACCAAAAUUUCAAGACCUAAAUAUCCCGUCAACUCAAUCAAAUAUUACGUUGAAUCUUUUCGAUGAAACGAGUUUGGACUUAAAACUCGUUUCAUCGACUUUACCAUCAAACAAUUAUCAAAGUGUGUGCACACUCGACAAAGUGAAAUCGGCCCUAGAAAGAGCUGAGAAGGAACCAUUGAGAAAAAGAACAUCACUUUUGAAGUCAUCGAUUUCAGCAACAUCGCCUUCAUCGUAUUCAUAUUCAUCUUCUUCAUCGUCAAUUCGAGACACAACAAAUAAUCGAGAGGAAGAAGAAAGCGAAGAGAAAAUGGUUUCGUCACCAAUGGCUGCAGGGUGUCCGGGAUGUUUAUCAUAUGUUUUGAUAAUGAAGAAUAAUCCUAAGUGUCCCAGGUGUAAUUCAGUUGUUCCAAUUCCAAUCAUGAAGAAACCUAGGAUUGAUCUUAAUAUUUCGAUUUGA